AUGGAGCUUCGCGUCGGUAAUAAAUACCGACUAGGCCGUAAAAUCGGGUCAGGAUCAUUUGGAGACAUUUAUUUAGGCACAGAUAUAGUUACAAAAAAGGAAGUAGCCAUCAAAUUAGAAUGUAAAAAGACAAGACAUCCACAGUUACACAUAGAAAGCAAAUUUUAUAAACUUAUGCAAGGAGGCAUUGGUAUACCUGCAAUAAAAUGGUGUGGUACAGAAGGAGAUUAUAAUGUAAUGGUAAUGGAACUACUGGGACCCUCCUUAGAGGAUCUUUUUAAUUUUUGUUCACGACGCUUUUCCCUUAAGACUGUACUCAUCCUUGCUGACCAGCUUAUUAAUCGCAUUGAGGACAUACAUUAUAGGAGCUUCAUACAUAGGGAUAUUAAACCAGACAACUUUUUAAUGGGCCUCGGUAAGAGGGGGAAUUUAGUAUACAUAAUAGAUUUUGGAUUAGCGAAGAAGUACAAAGAUCCCCGCACCAAUCAGCAUAUACCAUACAGAGAAAACAAAAACUUGACAGGCACAGCAAGAUAUGCAUCAAUUAACACUCAUUUAGGAAUCGAGCAGUCCCGCCGCGACGACCUGGAGUCUCUGGGCUACGUGCUGAUGUACUUCAACCGCGGCAGCCUGCCGUGGCAGGGACUCAAGGCGGCCACCAAGCGGCAGAAGUACGAGAGAAUAUCUGAAAAGAAACUAUCCACACCGUUCGACGAGCUGUGCAAAAAUCACCCGAUCGAGUUCCAGCUGUACCUCAAGUACUGCCGGCGACUGCGCUUCGAGGAGCGGCCCGACUACGGCCACCUGCGCCAGCUCUUCCGCACGCUGUUCCACCGACAGGGCUUCACGUACGACUUCGUCUACGAUUGGAACAUGCUCAAGUUCGGGUUUCCCCGCCUCUACGUGAAUCCAACUAACGACCGCACCUUAAGACGUCACGACCAAAACCAGGAACAAGAAAACACGGCGGCCGGCGCGGCGGGGCAGCCCGGCACCACCGUGGCCGCCAUCUCCGAGUGGCGG